UCUAUUUUCCCUUAGAAAAAGAGAAUAAAAACAGGCUGUAAGAGAGCUGUGAACGCUACAUUUCACCUUUUUAUUUUCCUUCCUCUUCCUUUUUCUCUUAGGACCGCCAUUGCCAAAUCUCUUUAGGGCGUUUCUCAUAACAGAGCAACCAUGAGCUCCAUCAUUCAAAGCUUUCAAAAGAACAGCUCCCUCCCCGUCUCCCAAACUGAAUCAAAAGACCACUUUCCACCGCCAGCUGGCCCAGGGCGGCUGCGAAGAAGGCUUUCAUCUCUGUCUCUAAAACUACAACCCACUUCUUCACCGGCGACGUCAUGGACAUUCCCCAGAUCCAAGUCCUUGUCUUCCAUGGGAGAAUAUGCCGGUAGCUCCAUCAGGAAAUGGUGGGACUGGGGUUGGUCUUGGGUUCUCUCCAAAAAGCCCUCGUUCGCUAAAGACAUUGAAAUGAACGAAGAAGAAACCAGGAUCCUUGGGUGCCACAACAAAGGCAGUUGGAGGCAUGUGUUUUACAAAGUCAGAUCUGAGAUCAGAAAACUCGUGGGAUCUGAUAAAGUUGGCCUCCCACAAACUUACAGGUACAAUUCUUUAGAUUACUCCAAGAAUUUCGAUGAUGGAAAGAAUUACACCUAUGGUUGAUUUUUGGGGAAUUUUGAAACCAUCAAUGGAGCUUUGCUAAAAGAAAUCUCUGAUCUGGAAAAACCAAUAAGCUUCUCUGUUUCAAGAUUCAGAUCAAACAAAGACGGUAGAAUUCUGGGUUCUUUACUUGUGUUUCAGCUUUCAUUAAUUUGUUUACAAUAUAUAUAAUGCAAAUGUUCAUUCGUAAAAAAAAAAAAAAAGGCCUGUGCUUAUAUUGCUCUGUUAUGUAAAGUGGUUUUGCUUGUAGCCAUGGCUAUUAGCUACAAAAAUGGUUGUCAUUAUAAAUUUUUUUGCAGGGUUCAAUUGUAUAAGUAUUGUAUUUAUUCAUGUAAUGUAAAAUAUGGUUUUUUUUUUUA